CCUAAAUCUGGAAAACUUUUCAUUCGCAUACAAAUCCUUUUCUUGCUGUGUAAACAGCUAAUUAUUCUACCUCCAGCAAACGCAGAGAGAGAGAGAGAGAAUAGGUCAUAUAUACAUGGGAAGGGGAAGAGUUGAGUUGAAGAGAAUAGAGAAGAAGAUAAAUCGACAUGUGACAUUUUCGAAAAGGAGAUCUGGGCUUCUCAAGAAAGCUCAUGAGAUUUCUGUUCUUUGUGAUGCAGAUGUGGGUUUGAUUGUGUUUUCGCCCAAAGGGAAGAUCUAUGAAUAUGCUACUGGUGCCUGCAUGGGGAGGAUCCUCGAACGAUAUGAAAGAUAUUCUUAUGAAGAAUCACAGCUGACAGCAACGAACAUUGAAUCCCCUGUAAGUUGGACGGUAGAAUAUGCAAAGCUCGAGGCCAGAUUGGAGACUUUGCAAACAAGCCAAAGGUAACUGAGCCUCCCACUUUAUCUCUACUCCCUCAGUUAUAAUUAGUGCUUGUUUGAUAUAGGUCUAAAAGUGAGUAAAAAUUGAAGUU